UACGACUGGCAAUGCCAAUUUUAUAUUCUUCCAAUAGGUAGCAGCAUUUUACGAUACGUCAAUAAUAACUGAAAGUGGUAUCGUUAUAUGUUUGUUUUAGUGUUUUAUAUUUUCAUAUAGCUUAUCAUUUACCUUAAAGCGGACAGUUAAUUACAUCUGUAACAUCUUAUCAAACAGAAAAAAUGACUGAAGAACAACAGUUUUGUCUACGGUGGAACAACUUCCAGGCAAACAUAACAUCUCAGUUUGAAGCGCUCAGAGAUGAGGAAGAUUUUGUGGAUGUCACUUUGGCUUGUGAUGGUCAGAGAUUGAAAGCGCAUAAAGUUGUACUCUCUGCUUGCAGUCCAUACUUCAAAGAACUAUUCAAAAGUAACCCAUGUAAACAUCCAAUCUUGUUCCUACGAGACGUGGCAUUUCAUCACCUGCGUGCACUGGUUGAGUUUAUGUAUGCGGGUGAGGUGAAUGUGGCACAAGCUCAGCUGUCUGCCUUUCUACGAACGGCAGAGUCCCUCCAGAUCAGGGGGCUGACAGAAUCUCCACAGAGGCAUAAGCAAGUUCACAUGAAACAGCAACAGCCAAAUCUUCCAUCAGAGGUAACGGCAUCAGUUGGCCUUGACUCCAGUUCGGCUGCAGAAGAUAUUGCGUCGUCUCCGGAAUGUGCGGGCAUUGAUGAGGAUGAGGAUGUUGUGAGUCUUAGUCCUGGUGAGAGGUCAUCUCCGAACCCAGCCAAGCGGCAGUGCCUGCAACAGGAUAACGGUGAUGUGUCACAUCAGCGCACAUCAGACCUCAGACAGGAACUGGAAACAACGAAAGACAUUAUAGAGCCGAAGCUGGAGCUACCAGACUACGCUAGUGAUGGGGAGAGCAAGACAGGCACGACGACAUUCCUCGGACUAGAAUCCAACUCUGUUGAUGUCAAUGCGUCAUUUGCAGCAGCAUUACAGGGAGGAGGAAUGGACAUCCUACCUGGACCUUCAGGGCAGAGCUUCCUGGGAGAAUCAUCAGGAAAUCUGGAUUCUGGGCAAGUGGACCAUCGCAAACUGCACUCGCUGGACCCGCGCCCCUGCCCAAUCUGCAACCGCAUGUACAGUAACCUGUCGAACCUCCGUCAGCACGUUCGCCUGAUCCACAACCCCCAAACUGUGGCUUGUCCGCUCUGCAGCAAGCCAUUCAAGACCAAGCUCUAUCUUAAGCGUCACCUCAUGAGCUUCCAUGAACUACUCUGUGGUAAUCCAGUUCCUAGUGGAGUUCAAGGAGGUUCUAAACAAGGUGGCGAAUUCUAUCCUCCACCGCCUCAAGUAUUCCUGGGCCCUAGUCCUGUGGGUGAGGAGGAAGAAGGCAAGAGAAGUUCUGAGGGUGUGUCAAAGGGCAAAGAGCAACAAAAUCUUCUUGAGAUAUUCCAUGUUUCACGAGCUAAUAUGUUGCACACAUCUCUGCCACAGUCUUGCAAUGACGAAAAAUCCGGAUCUCACGCAGGAAAGACUAAGGAGCCAGAGGUGUUCCGUCACAGAAGUGUACACAGUGUAACAAGUCAUGAAGACAAGCCAAAUUUCCAUGCCCCAGUCAAAGGCAAACAGAGUAACACAAAUAAGGACUUGUUUCAGAUGCCACGUAUUUUCCACAGCAUUAUUACAUCUGCACCGUCUCAACAAAAUAUUGAAGAUAAAAGUAUUUUUGUGAACUCUGGAAGCACUUCUCAACAUUCCAAGACAAAAGAGUGUCCACUUGCAGUUCGAAGUUUCCAUAGUGAUGAAGACAAAGGUGGAUUUCUCUUAAAGAGUAAAGAUAUACAACAAGGACAAAAUCCUGAUUUCUUCCAAUCCCCUGGAGGUUUUCCAAGUGCCUCACAAGCACAAACUGCUAUUGAAGAAAAAGUUGGUAGUUUUCACACCCCAUCCUCUGUUCAUACAAAGAAUAAAGAUCUUACCCAUCAAGAUUUGUAUCAUAUAGGUCGAAGUUUCAGUAAUAAUAAUGAGGACAGACUUAUUUACAAUAGUACAUCUGGUGAUAAAGAAAUCCCAGUUUCUUCAUAUCUGUCUCAUAACCAUAAAGAGGAUCAGGUUUUUAUGAGCUCUUCUCAGACUCGAACCCAGGAUAAGAUAGUUAACAGUGGUGAUUAUUGUUCUCCCAAGAAUGAAGAAAACUCAUCAGCAUGUGCUAAUUUUAUGGAUGCCCUGUCUCUCGCAAGUAAUGACAGUACAAGAUUGGCGCUCCUGUCGGUAUCUGCUGGCGAAGGGUUGCCGUUCCUCAAUCAGCAUUCUGGUGGCAGCCAAGAUACGCUGCCUUUCCUUAACAAAUCGUAUUCACACGCCAAACGUGGGCAGCCUGAGUCAUCGAUGGCAACUGAGACCUUAAAUCACAAACCAAACAAUUAGAAUAGCCAAAUUUUGAUUCCUUUUAAUCCCUCGUUACCACCAAGUACACCAUCAUAAAGACGAAUGAACAGAGAGGAAUGCCAUUAGAGGCAGUGGCUACUACUGACACGCAGACAACAAGAGCUCGUAUUCCUUACAGAUUUACUAACCCUUUCAGAGAGGUGAAUGUUUCUCUUGGUAUUAGAAAGCUCUGUUUUAUUCGUUCAUGUGCAGUUUUAUCCACAUGCUUUUUGUGUCACUGAUUUAUUGUGCAGUUACAACCAGUUAUACUGUAAGACACAACCACUUUGAGGGCAUUGAACGCGGCACUGUGCUCAUGCAGUGCUGCUACUAGUCGCACAGCUGCCUGUAUGACUGUUCACUAUUCUUCCACCGGUUGGGUAUCCUUCGCUUAUACUGCAAUUUCAACACGGGCUUUGAACCACAGAUUCAGCGUCUGUUUGCUUUAACACUCCGUACUCUGCCGCAUCUUACUUUAACACUUGCCUGUGAUUUCAGCACUCCUGAUUGUCAUAGGAGUUCAUGUUUAUGUAAGAAUUUGGACCACAAUACAUGUUUUGGGAAAUAUCUCUUGCUAUAGUGUUCGGUACUGGCACAGCACGCAAAGACAUAUCUGGAAGGUACGAGCGAUUAUGUGCGUGCGCGAUUGUUCAGUCGUGAUGUUACCACAAGUAGUUAAUACAGGAGGCUGAGAGUGGUCAGGUGGCCAGCAUUCACAGUAGUCCGAUCUCGUGACAUUGUGUUAUUCGUGGUGGAAAUGGGUGAAUAAGUUGUCUAGUUAAGGUUCACAUCGAAAUGGCAGACUGCAACUAGCUAAGCCAAAUACCUUUUUACCUCUUUUUCUUUUGAAUUACGGUCUACUUCUUUACAGUUCAAGGUUUUUGUGCCUGUUUAUAAGUGUGUGGUGUGGCUUGCACAAGUAAUGUGACACAUCCCAACAAGAUUCCACUUCUUGCCACAAUUUUUUUAAAUGGCUGUGAUGAACCAAAGCAGUGGCGUGUCAGAUUCUGUCUAGGAGCUUGUUCAGAGUUCUUAGCGUAGGUGGUAGGUAGGCCUUGUCUGUCAGCACCAAACUAGAAAUCCACUGGAAUCAGGUCUGGAGACUUGGGUAGCCAACGUCGAGUCCAUUAUUGUGGAAAGGUUUAAUCGAGGAACUACUUCAUAUUCCUGUGCUAGUGCGGUGGGCCCCAUCUUGGUGAAAAAUCUCACUGUUGGCAUCCUUCUGGGAAACAAGGAAAUAUGCCGGUAGGUCGAGUUGGGAGGGACCGCAUGUGGUAUAUUUGGCGAAGAAAAAUGGUCUGUAACCGUGUGCUUGUUUGACAGCGUGAAACACGGUUUCCAACAUUCCACAGAAUGUGGUGUAUGUUUUUGGAACCCCAGAUGUUGAGGUUAUGAUGGCUGACUAACCAGAAACAUGAAAUGUCACCUUGUCACUUGGAACAGUCUUGUUCUCAUGCUGAUUUUCUUUAUCACUUCCUGCAUUGUCAUGGUGGCACCUUUUAUUUGACAGAAAAUCAUGACAAGUUACUGACUGUAAUGAAGUUGUAUAAUUAAAUAUUAUAAAUCCUGUAUAGUGACCUACACAUUUAGGCUGUACUACCAUCGUAGUCUGUCAACAACAUUGAAUGAUGUGUUGUGUUAUGUUCUGGAUUGACAGGUUGAUCGUCAGUAUCCAGAGUUUGAAUUUUUUCCAUGGGAGUCAUAGUCUUUUAUAAUUUACAAAUUAAAUUUCAUUUCACCUUCAUUGGAAAACAUUUAGAGAUUGUUUAGUGCAGUUUGUAUUGCUACAUAAAUAAUUCUGCAGGAAAUCAUGAUAUGCAGAAAUAACAUCCAGAAGUGUACUGAAAUUUUAUGCAGGUUAAAGAUCAAGUACGUUCAAAUCAUCAGAAAGUAUCAUGAAUGCCAUUAAAAAAAGUGUGCAAUGUAGUCUUAGAAUGGUUUCGUUGAAGUUAAUUGAAGUGAUUCCCCCCUCAGUGUAGAAUUCUCUUUUUGUGCUGUAAGACAAGCUUGAAGUAGGUGUAGUUUUUCUUCGUAAGUUCAAUUCUUUUCGUAGUUUAGAUGCGUCAUGUUUGUGUUGAAAUUCAGUAUAUAUUUAUUUAUUAUUUCAG